AGUCUCCUCUUGAUAGUGCUGCCAUCUGUUUCUGUAGCACAACGUGCAAUGAAAUGUUACGAAAACAAACUUUACCAGCAAGAUGAUUUAGCAAAAACAUGCGCUGAUAACAGAUCGAUAUAGGAGAUCUUACACAAGGUGGUCAAAGGCGUUUCAAAGGGCUCUCAGUGUGAAGCAAAUUUAGUUGGCUACAAUGGCGACCUUCUGUCCAGCCAACAGUAGCCUCUCCAACCCCUGGGUUGACCACGGACUUAACCACUGCUUUGUAGACACCGUCACAUCAUCAGUUCUUUUUGGAAUUAUUACACUUCUUGGAGGAGUGGAAGUGGUAGCCUAUCACAAAUAUGGAGCUCUAGCUGACCAAAGUACUUUACCAAAGUCAAAUCUACAUCGCUUGCAAGUAUUUCUCAGUAUUCUCAUGGGGGCGAUUAGUUUAGCCAUGUUCACGCUCCAUGCAACAUAUCUCGGUUCUAAGGUGGUUUAUUUGUAUAUGGUGGUCAGUUUAGUAUUUUGGACCUGGGCCUGGAUAUUCAGUUUGUAUGUGCUCCAUCUUGAAAGGACGAAGAAGUUGCCCACGGUUCCGGCGCGUGGCCAUGGACUUGUUUUGUUGAUGUUCUGGUCCCUGGCGUUCAUAAGUGAGAAUCUUGCACUUGUAUCAUGGUGGAGUCCAAGAUGGUGGUGGAAUUUUGAGAAUACAUCAGACCGUGUGGAAUUUGGUCUGUGGGUUUGCCGUUACAUUUCCACUGGACUGUUGUUCUUCAUUGGUCUAUGUGCUCCCGGACUGCCCAGUCCUUCCUUCAGUCUGCUUGUUAACGAGGAUGGAACGACAGAUGUGGAGAGUGGGCAGUCCUCCACGUCUCAGAGACAGAAGUCAACAUGGCGGGGUAUGCUGUGGAAGCUGCGCAAACUGUGGCCCUUCAUUUGGCCCAAGAAGAACCCCUUGUUACAGCUGUUUGUCCUCCUGUGUGCCUUGCUGCUGGUGGCAGGGAGAGUGGUCAACCUGUAUGUGCCAAUUUACAGCAAAGAUAUUGUUGAUGCUCUGACCAACCACCAGUUUUGCUGGCAGUUUAUCUUGAUAUAUGUUGGACUGAGGUUUUUACAAGGGGGAGGAACAGGAUCGAUAGGUGUCAUCAACAACCUGCGGACAUUUAUGUGGAUAGGCGUCCAGCAGUAUACCACCAGAGAGAUGGCGGUCAAGCUGUUUGGUCAUCUUCAUGGGCUGUCCCUGCGAUGGCAUUUAAACAGGAAAACAGGAGAGGUCCUGCGUAUUAUGGACAGAGGAACUACUAGUGUUAAUAGUAUUCUAAACUAUGUGUUAUUCAACAUCUUGCCCACCAUUGCUGAUAUUAUAAUUGCCGUGGUGUACUUUUUAUCUGCAUUUAACUGGUGGUUUGGGCUCAUAGUUCUCUUCACCAUGGUUUUAUAUCUGGUUAUGACUAUAGUAGUGACAGAGUGGAGAACAAAAUACAGACGACAGAUGAAUAUUUUAGACAACCAGCGAAAUGCUCGGGGAGUUGAUUCACUGCUCAAUUUUGAAACUGUGAAAUAUUAUGGUGCUGCAGAUUUUGAAGUAGAGAGAUACAAUGAAGCUUUUGUGGACUAUCAGAAAGCAGAGUGGAUAUCUACGGCUUCUCUAAACCUCCUGAACACCGUCCAGAACCUGGUGAUCCAUGUUGGUCUCCUGGCAGGCUCCAUGUUGUGUGCCUGGCUGGUGGCUGAGAACUUUAACAUAGGAAACAGGGUCCUCACUGUGGGGGACUACGUGCUGUUUGCCACCUACAUCAUACAGCUUUAUAUGCCCCUUAACUGGUUUGGGACAUAUUAUAGGAUGAUCCAACAGUCUUUUAUUGAUAUGGAAAAUAUGUUUGAUCUUCUACAAGAGAAGCAAGAGGUGAAGGAUGUCCCAGGUGCCGCAGAGUUGGUGGUCACUAAAGGGAUGAUAGAGUUCAGCCAUGUUGGUUUCCACUAUGAGCCAAGCAAAGAGAUCCUUAAAGAUGUGACAUUUGUUGUCCCUCCAGGCCAGACUUAUGCUUUGGUAGGCCACUCUGGUAGUGGUAAGAGCACUAUCAUACGGUUGUUGUUCAGGUUCUAUGAUGUCACUUCGGGGACAAUACGUAUUGAUGGCCAGGAUAUCAGCCAGGUUCAGCAGGAAAGUGUGAGGAAGGCCAUAGGUGUGGUGCCACAGGAUACAGUGCUGUUCAAUAAUGACAUAAGAUAUAACAUCCGCUAUGGUCGUGUCACGGCAGGAGACCCAGAUGUGGAGAGUGCAGCAGCAGCUGCAGACAUUCAUGACAGAAUUCAAACCUUCCCCGAAGGUUACAAAACAGUGGUUGGUGAGAGGGGACUGAAGUUGAGUGGAGGAGAGAAACAGAGAGUUGCCAUUGCGAGGACGAUGCUGAAAAAUCCAGCCAUUGUCUUGUUAGAUGAGGCAACGUCUGCCCUUGACACAAAGACAGAGAGAAAUAUUCAGAGUUCUCUUGCUAAAAUCUGUGAUAACAGAACCACUUUGGUCGUGGCACACCGUCUGUCCACCAUCAUUCAUGCUGAUCAGAUCCUGGUGGUGCACGAGGGGGAGAUCAUUGAGAGGGGAACGCAUGAAGAGCUGUUAGCCCUGAACAAGGCGUACGCAGACAUGUGGCACCAACAGAGAUCAAAACUGGACGACGCUGGCGACGAGAGCAGUGGCAGUGGGUCAUCAGAACAGGACAAGAAAGAAGAGUAGUGCGUUUAUAUAGAAAAUAUAAAUCCAUCCAGUGGCAUCCAAGGCAUCUGUGGAAAAACUUACCAUUUCAUCUCCAAAUACCAGUUUUUCAAGAAACUAUGAAAAUAUAUGAGAUUGGUUAAACUAGUGUUCUGACGGUUCUUGCAUGAUUGCGUUGAGUGACACAUGUGACCUGGGAGCGACGGCUGAACAGGAGACUGAAAGUGCUAUUUAUGGGCCUUACUCUAACAUUUGGGUAAUAAGUGGUUGGUAAAGGUUAUACUGUCUGUAGUUAUACCACUGCUUGUCUUGUAUAUUCACAAGGACUUCAGAAUAAAAUGAGGUCUUCGUCCUUUAUUGCUUUUUUUAUAGCCAUGUGAAGAACUGUG